AUGUGCACCGGUUGCACGAGAUGCUCUUGUACGAAAGACGGUACAUGGUCAUGUAAGGACGUGAUCGAAUGUCCCGAGGACGACGACGAACCGAGUGGCAAUACCAUCGAUGAAGCUGUUGAGGUGCUGUUCUCAGAAGUGAAAGAGAGAGAAAAAAAGAAAAUAGAAGAGAAAAAGAGACGUCACUUGGCCCCACCACCGCCUAAUUCAGAAUUUGAUUCCUUAAUAGUUCCAGAUGAUUUUCCUUACGAAGAGAAUUUUGAAAAAUUUAUGGAACGAAACGAACGCGUGAAACGUUCUGUCGAAAAAAGUAUAGUUAAUGAAACUAUCAAGUAUCACAAUAUCGUAGAUGAAAUCAACGAAGAUACCCUUAUGAAUUCAAAUAAAUCCGGUACGAUAGAAGCGCAGAAGGUGGACGCUUUAAAACCGUUUCGAAGACAGAAUGUAAACGAAAUAGAAAAGUCUGAAUUAAGUUCUUUGCAUAUUGACUACAAUCAACGCCAAGACUUCGACCGACAUAUAGUAGAUAAUAAAAUUGAUUCAACCUCGCAUAGCGGCGACGACUCUCUACCGCUUAGUGAAAAGAAAAUCAAUAAAAUCGUUGGGAAUUAUUCACAGACAAGUAAAGAUAGAACGUUGUCUAAAAUUGUAGUGAAUGAAUUAAAAAAAGGCAAAGAAAUAAUAGGCGCCAAGAAUAUUACCCCAAUGUCCAACAUCACGUUUACUGUAGAAAAUGAUACUCUCACUGCUAUGACUUUUAUAGCCGGAAAUCUAUUGAACAAACUUUGGAAUAUGGAAAAGGACUCGAGUGAAUCUUUCGAAAAUGAUUCUGUAAAACACCAGAAAAUAAAUGACUUGUUAGAGUUGUUUAAAGAACCAUUAAGUCUUAGGCAGGAAACAUUUUUGAAGAAUGCUUUACAGAAGUUAUCUUCUUCUAUGAACGAAAAUAAAAAUAUAAAUAACAUUUCUAUCUGUGAAACACUAAGGCCUCUGGAUUCAAGAGAAAAGAAAAGCGAUAUUUCGACAACAGGUAAAAAAUGCAAUGUAACCAUGAGUAAAAAGAGUAACGCUAGUAUGACAAAUAAUGUAAGUUCAGAAGUUUCAAAAAAAUUAAAUGAAGUUUUAAACCUAAUUAAAAAGUUUGAAGAUGCAAAGAAAUCAUUAAACGAAUUAAAAGGUAGUUUAGAUUUCUCUGCAUUUAAUAAAUCAGUCGAGGAAAGAAAUAUAUCUGAAAAUAAUUUCAAUUUAUUUGCUAAAAUCUUAGAGAAAAUUACAAGACUUUUAUUGCCACGUAAACGUUCAAACAAAAUGAUUGAGAAAUUAAAAAGUCUUCAACAGUUUUCAAACAUACAUAAAAUAGAUAAAAAAUUAAAAGGCACCAAUGCGAACGGAAUUGAUAGUCUACCGAUUUUAAUAAAAGAUAAAAUUAUCCUUGACUAUGUUAACCACAUAAGGGGUAACCCAAACUGCUUAUUAAGAAAAAUAGCCCAGGAGUCAGAUGUCUCAACGAUUGAUAUCAAAGGAAAUAUUUUAGACAGUCUAAGUGAAUUAAUUAAGAUCGGUUCAUUUGCGGAUUUAUCGAAAGAGUUUAAUAAAGGAAAAGAAAUACCAACUACUACAACACCUACAACUACGUCAACAACUAUACAACCAUCGACUUUAGGUACAUUCAAACAUUUAAGAAUGUCAAAAGAACGUGAUUCGUCCAAACUAGCAAGUGCAAAAGAAAGGCUUAAGUCACACAUACAGUCCAUUAUAAAUGACUUGGCUGAAUUGCAGAAUGAGCGAGGAAGUAAUGGUCCCAAAAUAAAUCUAACAGAUAUCUUGCCUUGUAUAAGUCACUUUAUUGAGAAGGAUGAAAACCAAGAAACCAUAGUAAAAGAGCAGCCGCUCUACAAAGAAAAACAUUUUUCAAUUAAUGAUAGGCAGAAAUUAGUUGAUGCAUUGCAAUUCGAAUUUGACUCUAAUAUCCUAACAAGAAGAAGUAAUGCAGGAGAAGAUUCGACAUCAGCUAGAGUGUGGCAGCGAAUAAUAUCAAAUAUUAACGACAUGACCAAUCUCAGAACGAGACGGUUUGAUUCCAAAAAACCUAAAUCUAUCGAAGAGUUAAAAAUAAUAAUAGAAAGCAUCGAAGAACUAAGUAAUUCAUAUAAAAAUUACGCUUUGUUGUCUGUCAUUCGACCUCAUAAGAAAUUAAUGUUGCUGAAGACAUUGAGAGCCGAUGUCUUACGACAUAAGAAUGCUUUGGAUUAUAUAAAAAAAUCUAAAGUCUAUUUCGAAAAUACACCUCCAGAAAAUUUAAAGGAAAUUUUGGAGUUUAUCGGUAAUACAGCGACAAACAUAAAGUUGAGUAAUAACGUUCUGAAUAGUUUAAAUGUCUCAAAAGAGGGCAAAGAGAAUGAGCACCAAGGCAUAUUAUCAGAAAAAAGACAUAAUAACCAUGGGAGAGGGGCGAUGAAUUACGAAAAAUUAAAUAAGGCAAUAUUACCUUUUAAAGCAAAUCAUAAUUUUAAACUGACAAGACAACAAAUAAUGAAUCAGCUGAUGCUCAAUCGUUUAAGACUAUACCUUAAGAUAAAGGAAGACGAGGGGGUCGAUAAGGAUGACGUGAAUUAUAAUAUUGGAAAAAGAGCAUUUAAUUCAUUGCACAGUGGGAAUGGUAGCCUUGCGAGAGAAUUGUAUAAAAUUUUAAUAGACAAUAAGUCGCUCUCGAACGGACGCCAAUCUAGUAAAUUAGUGCAAAGAAAAGGAGUCCAGAAACAAAACACGCAAGGCGCUAUCCUUUACGCUUUAAAGGAACCUUUAAUAAGCGUGGAUCCUAAUAAUAUUCUGCAGUCGCUCAGACAGGAUUUAGUUUUCACAAAAUAA